CCGUUGGAAAAUCUGAGUAACUGGGUGAAUGUUUUGGUUUGUGCAGAAGAAACGCGUGCCAGCCAAGUCUUCUAGAAUUAUACAAAGUGCCAUUAUCAAACAGUGUCUCCCAGUAAAGUGAAGCCCAUAUCCUCACACUGAGCUAAUUGACGCCCUCAGUGUGUUCAGGAGACUUGUUGCUUCCCCUUACUAUCCACUUCAAGAGAGCUAAGAGGCAGCCGGGUAAGGGUUGAGGGGCUGCCCGCUGCUUCCUCCCUUCGCCUCUGUUUUAGAAGGGGAAUGAGGAUGCGUGAGGAGUCGGAGAUGAUAGUUAUGUGAAUCUCUGAAGGAUGAUACGACGGUUCAUUCUCCGCGGGGCCUCCGAGGUGCUGUGUGGCCGCCGUGCCCUGUUGUCCACCGCCCCUGCGCUGACCUCACAUGCAAAGGGAAAUGAUGAAGUGUGGGAGAAUAUAUACAGACAGGAGGUGCCCAGGACCAUAGAGGAGAUGAAUACCUUGCUGAGUAGUAAGGUGGUGUCCCCUCCCAACUCUCACCUCCUCAAAGUGGCCAUUGUGGGUGUGCCCAACAGUGGCAAGAGCACAUUGAUCAACAAGCUUAUGGGCUGGAGGGUUUGCAGUUCUUCCAGGAAAGUACACACCACGCAGUGUAAUGCCCGAGCAGUCUUCAAUGCCGGCUCCACCCAGCUGGUCUUCCUUGACACUCCCGGGCUUGUCACGCCUCAGGAAGUCACCAAGCACGGUCUUCAGCGAACCCUCCUGACAGAGCCUGAGAUGUCCCUCCAGGAUGCUGACCUCCUGGCAGUGGUGCAUGAUACCUCCUGCCAGUUCACCCAGAGCACCCUUCACACCCGCCUGCUGCGCCUCCUUGCCCUUCACCCCACCAUCCCCUCGGUGCUCGUCCUCAAUAAGGUGGAUUUGUUGAAGUCCAAAGUAAAGCUGCUCGAAAUCACACAGUUGCUCACCGAAGGCGUUAUUGGUGGCCAAAGAUUCUCCCCCCAAAAGAGACAGUCUUUUAAGCUAAACAAAAAUAAAAUGAUCAAAGAAUCUUUAAUGCAGGAGGAACUUACAGCCUCAAAGACACAAACAGAAUCACAACCUUGUGUUGAAGGGGAUGUAGACAUCAACAGCAGCUCAGAGAGUGGAAACAUUGAAACCAGCACCAGCUCAUCAAAAGUCGAGGGGAGAGAAGGCAGCCUGCUGAACUCAAUGUAUGACAUCAGCCACGUCAAGGAGAGUGACGUGUUCUCAGGGAAGGUGCACCUCACAGAACAGCAAGUGAAGGUCUUUGUGGAGCACCGCAAGUCUUGGCCGCUGUUUGAGGAGGUGUUCAUGUUGUCGGCCAAGCAUGGGUCAGGUGUGGACGACCUGAGGGACUUCCUGCUGGCAUGUGCACAGCCUCGGCCAUGGAUCUUCAGUUCUCAGGUGGUGACAGAUCAAAACCCUGAGGACAUUGCCGUAAUGACAGUGAGGGAGAAGUUUCUGGACUACUUCCAUCAGGAGAUUCCUUACACUCUCAACUUCUCCAUUGAGCACUGGGAGCUCACAGAGUCAGACCUUUUGAACAUCAUGGUGAAGGUGAAGUGUGGCAGGAAAGGCCUUGUUCGUCUGCUGCUGGGGGGUGGAGGGGACACAGUCUCCAAGAUAUCCAAACAGGCAGAACAGGACCUCCGCAAUACCUUCAGAACUGAAGUGAAACUGCGCCUUAAUAUUGUUUAUGAACGUAACCUCAAAAAGAAAUUAUCCUGAAGGUAAUUAGUGAGUUCUACUGUAAAAAUUGUACAACUAGCUAAUCAUGUUGUCGUCCUAAUAUAUUUCUUUCCUUUCACUAUUUCAUUUUGUUUUUAAUUGUUUUAUAGUAUAUUUUUCAUUCAUCAUUUCAUUUAUGUGGCCUUCAGGAAUGUGAUAGUAGUAGUCUUCUCAGCUUCCAUUAUUCAUUUGUACAUUGGGUUUCCCACAUGGCAGACACACACCUCUGAAGGCAACAAAUGGUGUGUGUGUGUCUGCUGCAUUAUGGGGAGGUGGUUUAUGUUAGCAAACAGUCUGUACUUGCUUCACUCAGAAGGAGAGUGACUACAGGAAGGAAUGUUACUAUACCCACAAGUAGGCAUGUCCAACUGUACAUUAUUUAAGCAGACUUUGAGAAGGUUGCAUUAAAUAUCCUGUAAAUACCAGAAGUCCUCUUUCAUAGAAAAAAAUAUCUAACAGAUGCAAAUACAAGAUUUUUUAUUUACCCCAUAUUAAGUUUCUGAAUGUAUAAUAAUAAGGUUAUUUUCAGAAACUAUGAUUGGGCCCUUUUGGAUAUCCAAAGGUUAUAUAUGUGUAUAAGGCCCCUUACUGGGAGAAAGAUAUUGUACACAGGUUAAGAAGGUUGAUCCUGCUGCUAUGGCUUAAAAUGGACUUCAAUCUUAAUGUCUGGUAGCAGGCAGUGAACAUAGGAAAACAAUAAUAGAUUUUUAAGCUUAUAUUCAAAGUAAAUGUUCACUUCUUUUUAUGAGGACUUAAAGAUAGGAAGCCAUAUGUAAAUUCUUAAGAAAGCAUGCAGAUAGAAUACCAAACAGUGAACUGCACCCUAACUUUAAAAACAACCGACACCUCUGCUGCAUGGAGUUUACCCAGCCUGCUGCAUGUCUGUUGCAUGUCACAAGAUACUCAUGCAUGUAGGAAUCUGUGAUUCAUGUUCUUGUUUUUUGUUUUCAAAUAUACUGAUGCCAGUGGUGGGCGCUUCGAUAACUUUUAUCGAUAAUGAUUAUCAAAAUCGUUAGCGACAGUAAUGUUUUUCAAAUUUGCCAUUAUCGAGUAUCGUUAUUGAGGUCACGUUAUUGAAGUCCCCGUUUUGGCCAAUUGAUAACGAUACUUUUUUUGAUAACUUUUCCGUUAAACUUUCACUUUCCUUCUCUUGACCUCUUGAGUUGUUACACGUCCAACUAUAAAACGGAGUUGAGCAUUGUGGUCUCGCAUUGCCCAGUAAUUGCUGAAAAUCUGUCUGAUGUUUUCCAUUCCUACGUAUUCAAAACAUUUCAAGGGGCAGGAACAAGAGCUUCUCACUUCCUGGCGAGUCAUUGUCUUUUUGGUGUAUGGACUUACAUACUCUUGACCCACGUCUUUUCUUUGCCACUGAUUUCUUCCACUUCUCGGGCUGUUUUAACCUCUUCCGAGGAUGUAGAGUGGGUUUACCCACAUUGUCACUAAUGCUCUGACUCUUGGUGACAUAAAAAUCCACGUAAAUAGGACUUUAGAUGACGAGAAUUAGAGAGUGGGAAUCAACAACAGAGAUGGUGGGAGAGUAGAGUGAGUGGUCUUGAGGCUUGUGCAUGGUUGGCUGGAGCGGGGGUGUGGCGGGAGAGUUUGAGAUCCCCGAGGAGGAGGCAGAAGAUGUCUUUGCCUAGUUUGUGUAUAGUUUUUUGUUUGUUUCGUAUAUAUUACAAUAUUAAAAAAUACAAGUUU